CAGAUGAACAUUGUACGUCUUUGUGUUUUAUUCUAGUUAGCCGACGACAACUUAGGUUGGCUGUUCACUGUCGAUAGAAAGUUUGAAACGGUUGGUUGGGAGAUAGCCGAUGUCCGAUAGGCAACACUGUCCGUUAUCGUUGCAGAGUCCUCUGAAAGACUAGGUUAUGUUUUGAUUAUCCAGUUCACGUCCGUUAUAAACUCUGCCAAACUUGUGUCACGUCUCCUCCGGAGAUUCUAUUUUUCCAAUCGGCUUUUUCUCUAUAUUUAAAUUGCCGUGUCGACGUCGGCGUUGCCGUUUUCCCGUCCCGAGGUCGAAACAUGCAAGCGAGCAUCGCUGGCCGAUGAGUUGGAAGAGGCACUCCGUUUGCCGUUGCACCGUCCCGUGAUGCUGCCGAAUUCGCUGCUAUGAAUGCGACUCAAAAUGGCAUUUACCACGAGAAACAGGUUAAAGAAUUGUGCGCCCUCCAUGCACUCAACAACUUGUUCCAGUCGAGAGACGCAUUCAGCAAGGCAGACUUGGAUGAAAUAUGCCAGUCACUCUCGCCGCACGUCUGGAUAAAUCCGCACAAGUCCCUACUCGGCCUGGGAAAUUAUGAUGUCAAUGUAAUUAUGGCAGCUCUACAGCGCAAGGGCUGCGAAGCCAUUUGGUUUGACAAAAGAAAAUCCCCCGAGAGCCUUCAACUCUCACAGAUUUGUGGCUUCAUCUUAAACGUCCCAAGCGACUACAGGCUUGGCUUUGUCUUACUACCUUUAAAAAAACGCCACUGGAUUGCCAUCAGAAGAAUCUCAGGCGUGUAUUACAACCUCGAUUCCAAACUUGACGCUCCUCAUAUGAUUGGACAGGAAAAGGAUCUCAUGGACUACCUCCAGGAUCAGCUGGACUGCAAAGAGAAAGAACUCUUCGUCAUCGUUACACAUGAGGUGGAGAAAGGCCACCAGUGGGAGCAGGAUGCUGCCAAAACAGCCAUUAAAAGAUAGUCAACAAAGCAAUACAGAUUAAUAUUUAAUUUAAAUUAGUUGUUAAGAACAGUGGGACCUGAAUAUGUUGAGUAUUGUAUAUUCUAUAAUAUAACGUUGACCCUUUGUAUAUUCCUGUUUGAAAGCUGUGUUCAUAAAUGUUGGAUAAUCGAUUAUAAGUGAGCAAAAACGCUUUUUGUAUGUCAGGUGAAUGCGAAUUCUAGUUCAGUAAGACAGAUUACAAAUAACCUCUGUAUAACAUGGUCACUAUGAUUUUGUUUUGUAAAUAAACAGAAUGGAUUAAUUACUUACUAUUAUAUUUUGUAACUAAGAGUAGUGUAAAUAUCUUUCAUUAAAAAAAUUCAAAUAUAGUAGAUAAAAUGUUUUUUGUUUCAUCACCGCAUUCAUAUUGACAAGAAAUCUAAAAUAGAUUUUAUGUAUUAUACUGAAAAAUUUAUUUUAUAGGUUUAUUUUUUGAGAUUGAUUUUCCUCAUCAUUUUUAAGUCCAAAUGCAGGUGUCACAUAUUGUCAACAUGUAAAAUUCACAAAUAUAUUUGUUGUAAUGAAAAGUCGUCGUAAAAUUCAUAAAUACAACACAAUAUAUAUGAAUAUAAGAUAAUCAACAUUUAAAUAUUAUAUAGAAAUAUAUUAUUUAUUUUAUUUUUAUAUUAUUAUUUUAUUUAAAAAGAUUGUUAUAAUACAACACUAACAUGGAAAUGUCACAUUGAUCAUGAUUGUCACAAAAAACGAGUUAUAGCGAGAAUAGUUAUUAGAUGCAGAAUCCAUGCUUGUUACGGGGGUUAUUUGUAUGUCUUUUCAAUAUUAAAAGAAUAAGUUGAAAAUAUUGUGAAAAAAAUUGGCCUGCGCAUUUUUUUACUUUUUACAAAAAUAAAAAGGCCUUGAGUAGUUUCAACUAGCCUAUAUGUUUUUGUUAAAUAUUUAUAGAAACCUCGCCCUUCAAAAGACUAUUGUAUCGACCAAAAUACAAACUUUUUAUAUUCCUUCUUGAAACUGCAAAAUGUCAAAGAGCUUCCCUUGUAUAUAAAACAAUGAAAAACAA